AUUUUCAACUGAAUUCUCACCUAUCAACGCUGGCAAAUAUUCACAAGAUUUACCACACCCUCAAUAGGCUGAAUCUGACAGAGGACGUUGGUCAAGACGAUCACCAGACAGGCUUUUCGCUGAUGGUGGCCUAUUCAGCAGCCAUUUGGAGGCUCUAUCUUGCAAAUGCUAGCUUCAAGUGUCAAAAAAACAGUGAGAACUAGGAUGGUUCUGCCAAUCUUGAGUUGAGACCCAGGACUAAGAAACUUUGAAGAUAAUCACAUCAGAGAAGCUGCUCACGGAAGUCUCCGGUCUUGCAGUUCCUCAGACUGCUUUAGUAAAGUGAUGCCUCCAAGGAAAAAGAGGAGACCUGCAGCAGGAGAUGAUUUAUCUGCUAAGAAAAGUAGACAUGAUGGUAUGUAUAGAAAAUAUGAUUCGACUAGAAUAAAAGCAGAGGAAGAAGUCUUUUCAAGUAAGAGAUGCUUAGAAUGGUUCUAUGAAUAUGCAGGCACUGAUGACAUUGUAGGGCCAGAAGGCAUGGAGAAAUUUUGUGAAGACAUUGGAGUUGAACCUGAAAAUGUAGUUAUGCUUGUACUAGCAUGGAAGUUGGAUGCACAGAACAUGGGCUACUUUACAUUACAAGAAUGGUUGAAAGGAAUGACAUCAUUACAAUGUGAUACUACAGAAAAACUGAGAAAUUCUCUGGAUUACUUGAGAUCUUUAUUAAAUGAGCCUACCAAUUUUAAACUUAUUUAUAGAUAUGCAUUUGACUUUGCACGGGAAAAGGAUCAGCGCAGCCUAGAUAUCAAUACUGCCAAGUGCAUGUUGGGCCUUCUUCUAGGAAAAACAUGGUCCCUUUUUCCAGUAUUUCAUCAGUUUCUAGAGCAAUCCAAAUACAAAGUUAUCAACAAGGACCAAUGGUGUAACGUUCUUGAAUUCAGCAGAACAAUUAACCUCGACCUCAGCAACUAUGAUGAAGAUGGAGCCUGGCCAGUGUUGUUGGAUGAGUUUGUGGAAUGGUAUAAAGGCAAGCAGAUGACAUAGGAGUUUAAACUAUGCACAGCCGCUCAAGAGUCACUGUUACCACAGUUUAAUGUCAACCAUUAGCCAUAAACUGCUCCUUGUAUCAAAGUGCAUGCUGCUUUUUCUUGCACUGCCUCCCUCCUGCAGGGAACUUUUGAUGUUUGCUAUUUAACAAGCUAGCUAUGCCUUGCUGUGUAGCAUUGUUCUCUUUGAAGGCUGCUUUGCAUUUUGUAUUUACACUACCAAUGGGUGAACUUGCCAGCGUCUUCACUGUGAUGAUGUGUAUAUUGCUGUCUAAAUUUUGUAUAUGUGUAUAAAAAAAAACCAACAAAAAACAAAACCCCUACAAACCCCAAGCUUCACCUAGGGAUAAUUUCUGCAGAAAUGUAUUGUUAAGAAAAAGAGAGAAAAACAAUAAUUUUGUGGCAUCUUUCUAAGUCCUCACUCAAAGUGUUUGUUUGAAACCUGGGUUGGUUUUCUUUUGGUUUGUUUUUUGUGUCUCAGCUGUGGCAUUGGGGAACAAUGAAAUGAGCAGACUGCUUGGAACAAGAGUUAUGUGAAGAACUGUUUUGUCAAUUUUCCUGUUUACUCUUCGAGAUGCCAAUUUCUGAGGGGGAGAAGACAUGCUGUGAUUUAUGAUGAUGGUUUUUAUUUUCCUUCACCAGAACUCGCCAAACCUGACCUAUUGCUGAAUAGGAAUGGAACAGUGGUGUCUUAAAAAAAAAGAUAAAUAUAUAUAUAUACAUAUAAAUAUGAAAACACUGUAAUAGUUGUACAUGCCACAGAUUAUUUCAAGAAGAAGAAAAA